UAAUGUCAUUUUUUAUUUUGUUUUUACAGGCUAUGGCAGAGCUCGACAACAGACCAAUCAAAUUGGUUGUAGUGGGAGACGGAACUGUUGGUAAAACUUGUUUACUCAUAUCUUACACCUUCGGAGAAUUUCCAGUAGACAUCAUACCAACUGUAUUUGAAACCUUUGAGGGGUACAUGGAAGUAGACAAUAUACGGGUCAGUUUAACUCUCAUGGACACUGCCGGACAGGAAGAUUACGAAAAAUUACGGCCCUUAUGGUAUCCAGGUGUAAGUUAUAUUUAUUAGAAUUUUCUAAUUUAA